AUGUCAGACACCGACCCCAAAACCCCCAACAAAACCGGCGCAAGCGGUGCCGCCUGGUCUGAAGGCGAGAAGAUCGCAUACCUCAUCAUCCUCUGUGAGAACGAAGGCAAGAUCGAUGCAAAGAUCGGCAACGCGCCCAUCCCUGCCGGCCGCUCUAUCAUCUCCUGCAAGAAACUCCUCGUGCGACUCAAGGAGAAGCACAAAGACGACAUUGUCAAGAUCAAGAACGGUCAAGCUUUUGCCCCUGCCGCUGCUACUACUACCGACGGCACUCCCGAGAAACCCAAGGCCAAGCCCAAAGCUACGCCUAAGAAGCGGAAGAGCAAACUUGACCUUGAUGCUGGUGCUGGUAACGGCGGUGAAGAUGGGAAGUGUGAGGAGGAUGUGACUGAGGGUUCUCCAAAGAAGAAAGCUACGCCCCGGGGUCGCAAGAAGAAGGUUGAGGUCAAGGAGGAGGUUAAGGAAGAGGAGGGUCUUGUAGAUGAGGAGAUGCUGGAGGAGGAACUUUGA